UUUUCAGAUCCUACCCACUCUCAUCACUUAGCCCCCUCGUGUAACCCGCGCAUGCGCGGCGCAGUUCCUCUUUCAUUCGUUGCACAGUGAGAGCGGAGGAGCUGCAGCAAGAGAGCAAGCAGGCUAUAAGAUACAGCUGAUAUCCAUAUACCGCAAAUACACAACAACUGGACUGCACACAGCUGACAUAGCAAAGUCACCAAUAUUAAAAAAAAAUACUUGACUUUGUAAAGCUUGGACAUUCAGCAGCACAUAUAGAGCCCAGCUUGGGUGUAAUAUAGCUGAUCCUACGCACUCCCGGCAGUAGAAACGGACUGCACGAUCUGGAACACGGCGCACACACAACACUGUACAACGGACAGCACCAAACUGCCCGUAACACGCCCUUUGUAUCGCAGCACAGCGCCGCUGCUAGCACAGAUCACAGACCCCUGAUAGCACCAUGCCUGAUCUCAUCAGUGUAGGGGAGUUUAUAAUGGAGACGUUGGAGGACCACAGCUCCCCUACCACAUCCUCCUUUACCACCAGGAUGAGCAGCUGCAGGAACGCGGUGGGCAGUAUAGAGGAGGCGCUGGACGCUGACCGAACUGUUCUCAACAAGAUGAAAAAAGCUGCCAAAGCCAAGCACAGUGCAGGAGAAGAGCACAUCACACACCUAGAAGUCUAUAUUGCAACUUUGGAAAAGCUCUCGCUAAAUUGCCGGGACAAUGGAGAGGAAGCUCUGAGUAACGCUUUCAAUGCUUUUGCUGAGCUAUCAAAGGAGCUGUUGCCACCGAUAAAAAAUGUGCUGCAGAGCUUUAAUCACAACAUUAAUUACUUUCUAAACUCGCUGGUUAAAGGAGAUCUGAAGGAGGUGAAAGGGGAUUUAAAGAAGCCUUUUGAAAAAGCUUGGAAGGAUUAUGAAAACAAGUUUGCUAAAAUUGAGAAGGAGAAGAGAGAGCUUGCAAAGCAGUAUGGGAUGGUGCGCAAUGAGGUGGCAGGAGGCGAAAUCGCUGAGGAGCUGGAGAAAGAGCGCAGGAUGUUCCAACUCCAGAUGUGUGAAUAUCUGAUAAAAGUGAAUGAGAUCAAAACCAAAAAAGGGGCAGAUCUUUUGCAGAACCUCAUCAAGCAUUACACUUCCCAGUGCAACUUUCUGCAGGAAUGUUUGCAAGCCACCGAAAAACUGAAAUCCUACAUUGAGGGUCUGACCACCGAACUGCAAAUUAUCAAGAGCAGACAGGAGGAGGAGAAGAAGCAGCUGUGUUCUCUGCGGGAUCUACUCAAACCUACACUGCAGAUAGAACCUAAAGAGGAUUCAAUCAGUAAACAGUUGGUGUACAAUAUGCAUCAGCUGCAAGGCAACAUGCAGUAUGGUACUGAAAAGCAUGGCUACCUGUACAAGAAGAGUGAUGGGUUAAGGAAGGUUUGGCAGAAGAGAAAAUGCUCAGUCAAGAAUUGUUACUUGACCAUUGCGCAUGGAACGCCUAACCGCCAACCAGCUAAAUUAAAUCUGUUGACGUGCCAAGUGAAGCCUAAUAUGGAAGACAAGAAAUGCUUUGAUCUCAUAUCCCAUAACCGGACCUACCAUUUCUUGGCAGAGGAUGAUCAAGACUGUGUUGCCUGGAUCUCUGUACUAACUAACAGCAAGCAGGAAGCUCUCAACAUGGCAUUCUCUGAAGUGCGUCCCAGCGAGGAGAACAGCAUAGAAGAUCUGACUAAAGCCAUUAUUGAAGACAUGAAACGUAUGCCCGGGAACAGUGUGUGUUGUGACUGUGGAGCACCAGAUCCAACGUGGCUAUCUAUUAAUCUGGGUAUCCUAACGUGUAUUGAAUGCUCUGGGGUUCAUAGAGACCUUGGCGUCCAUCACUCCCGUAUUCAGUCACUCUCCCUGGACAAACUUGGUACCUCUGAGCUCUUGCUAGGCAAAAAUGUUGGUAACUCCGGGUUUAAUGAUAUUGUGGAAGCCAACCUUCCAUCUCCAGCAGUCAAACCUACUAUAGACAGCCCCAUGACCACCAGAAAGGACUUCAUAAAUUCUAAGUAUGUGCACUGGCUGUAUACGAAAAGAAGCAACACACACCCAGUGGCACGGCUGCACGAACUUCAGGACGCAGUCCGUUUUAAAGACAUUUAUGCACUGAUCCAGGCUUAUGCUGAAAAGGUUGAUUUAACGGAGACUCUGCCUCAACCAGCACAGGAGGCUGGUGAGACCAUUCUGCAUUUGGCGGUUUUACUGUCAGACCGGACUUCACUACAUAUCGUAGACUUUUUGGUACACAACAGUGGAAAUCUAGUUAAGCAGACAGUCCGAGGUAACACCCCUCUCCAUUACUGCAGCCUGUACAACAAAACGGAGAGCAUCAAACUCUUCCUGAGAGCUAAAGUUAAUCUAAAGAUAAAAAAUGAAGUUGGGGAAACUGCGCUGGAUAUCGCAAAACGACUUAAGCAUUCUCUUUGUGAAGACCUGCUGCUGCAAGCUCAGAACAAUCAAUUCAACAUGCGUGUCCACGUGGAGUAUGAGUGGCGAUUACGGCAGGAUGACAUGUAUGAAAGUGAUGAUGAUCUUGAUGAAAAGCUGGGCCCUGUUAAGAAGGAGAGAACUCUACGCCCUUAUAGUUGCUUCCAGUCACCCAGUAUUCAGUUACCAGACAGAGGAACUCCCAUAUCAUUUUUAAGACGUGCCUCUCAGGUUUCUCAAGACCUACGCUAUGAUGCAGGUGGAGGACAAUCAUGUACUGAAAAUGCAGUAACUCCAACAACUCCAUUUACACCCCCACUGCCACCACGCAAUCCUAUCAGAGCACCCAAUGUACCCCCACCACCUCCUCCUGCCAGCCCCUCACCUGUUCUCAAAAAACUGCCUGCCACACCUCCACUGACUACAAAGCACAAAAGAGCCCUCUCCGAGCCAGCACCUAUCAUCCCACACAGCCCAUCCAGCCUAAGCAACCUUCAUUUUGAUUAUGGUUCCUCCUGCACUUCUCCAUCCAAAUUUCUCCAGUCAGACAUUGUAUCCAGGAGACCCAGUAUCGGAUCUCCAAAACUCAGCAGUCUUCAUGAAGUGCCAGAAAUCCCACCAAAAGUUGAUUAUAGGACAGAGUUAUUUUCAAAAUCGGGAAACCAAAGAUCUACUCAUAGUAAUACAUCUCCUGGAUCAUCUGUGCAAGAAGUCUACCAUGUCACAACCCCUAGCCAGGAGCCGCCUCUACCAAUGCCGCGGCGGAUGAGUCUUAGCAAACCAAAGCUCCGUCGGGUGAAGGCACUAUUUGACUGCACAGCUGAUAGAGAAGACGAGCUCACAUUUAGUAUAGGAGAAAUUAUUGUAGUGACAGAAGAAGAGGAUCAGAACUGGUGGAGCGGCUACAUUGAUGGGCAGCUACACAGAAGAGGGGUUUUCCCAGCAUCCUUUGUGCACAUCUUGACCGACUAAAUAAAACAAGCACAGCCACUUGGACAUAAUGUCAACCAAGAAAGCAGAAAAACAGAAAAAUUGCAUUGUUUGGAUGAAAGCUUUUAAUUGGUUGUAUAUAAUGUUGAGACAGUCCUUUACACCCUCUGUAUGGACCAGGCAGUGAAUUCACUGCUGUAGUGGCACAAGGUGGUAAAUGGAACAAUUUCAACUCCAUAGAUCAACCUGCUUAUAGACCUUCUAAUGCUAGGGACCACACCAUCAUCAUUAAAUCUGUGACUCAACCUUGUGUUAUAUAACAGAGUUAAAAUGGCUCAAUAGACAUGCAUUAUAUGCUUGUGCUGUGCCUUGUAUUGCAAAUAGCUUUUUCUUAUUUUUACAAACCUAAUAUUAUCGUGUCUGCUUAGCUGCUAAUUUACAAUCUAUACAGGACACAACUUGGGGCAGUUGUGUCUACAAUAGUAGCAGUGAAAAACAGAAGGUGGAAUACCCUGUUGUUAGUGUAAUAUGACUAUUAGUGUGUAAUCAGUGCCCAAACUUACCUGCCAUCAAACAAGCAGGUUCACAAUUAACAAUUAUUACAUUCACAACAUAGCAUCUCUAUGUUAAAUUCUGGAAAAUAUCACAAAAUAAACCUGCAACUUUGUCUUUCAACAACUAUUGUACAACAAUAUUUAAAGAUGAUGAUAAAAGUGACCAUCUUUCUUUUAUACCCACUUAAAUACCGAGUUGCUCUGUCUUUUUUACAUUGCAUAAAAAAUGUAAUUGGUAUUUGGGAGGAACUACCUAUGAAGGAGAUGGAGCAAACAGAGGUAAACUACUAUAGAAGCAUAGACAUAAUCCAGCCCCAAUGCUUUUUCAAAAUAUUCAGCUAAACCAAACAAAAGGCCUAAAUUGCAUACCUUAACUGAAGCAGUAGGAGUAUAAAUAUUAAAGUAGCUCUAUUUUUUAUUUCUGUAAACAGUUGUGGUGUUCACGAAAUUGACAAGAAAAUCAGUAUCUGGAUAAUAAAUCACCUGCAUCCCUAUGAUAAAGUAAUGCACUCUAGAAGAAACAGCUGACACAAUCUACUUUUUACUAGGAAAUAUUAGCUUAUGAAGGCAUGUGUUUAUUACAUAGAAUCAAAUACUGUAGGUGAAAUAUAUGAAAUGCAAUGUCUUCCUUUUAUACUUUGAAUUUUGUGCCAGGCAGGGGUGGUGAAAGCUGAUUGUGAAACUAAUAAGUGGCUUAUUGACAUAUGGUUUUUACCAGUAACGAAAAUUCACAGGCUGACACCGACCUAUGGCUGGGAUAAAGUAGUCCCACAGCUGUACUUCUGGUCCAGAGGACGACAGUAACUGGAAUCUUUGCUGUAGAUUCAGUUUAGGCUGCUAUCCCACAUAUUGAUCUUGCAUAAUACACACAUGGUGAUUGUUAUUUAUGCAUUUAGAAUGACUAUUAAAUAUUGGUUCUAUGGUAAUUUUAAUAAACAGUAGUAGCUUUAUUAUGCUUUGUUUCAUUCGCUGUAUGUUUGCUUUUUCAUGUUUUCUCUUUUCUGCAAUCUGUUAUUUUGUACCAUGUAUCAGAUUCAGUUAGCCAUCUACCAUGCCAAAUGAGUAGAUUUCUCUGUGAGCUCAGAAUUAUUACAUAACACUGCUCGUUUUGUAAAUAAACAUACACAAAGAACUAAACUUAUAGGCCCUACACACUGGCCGAUUUUCUGAAAGAUAUGAACGAUCUCGUUCAUAAAUGAACGAGAACUCGUUCAUAUCUUUCAGUGUGGAGACUCCAGCGAUGAACGAUGCGCGGCCCCGCGCUCGUUCAUCGCUGGUCUCCCGUCGGCUGUGCAUGCAGGCCAAUAUGGACGAUCUCGUCCAUAUUUGCCUGCACUUCAAUGCAGCCGCGUGACGGGGGGAGUGAAGAAACUUCACUCCCCCCGUCACUGCCCCCCCGCCGCCGGGUCGCUCGUCGGCCGUAUCCACCGUCGGGCAGCUCGGCGGCGGGUCGGCCAGUGAGUAGGGCCCCUUAGUUCACCAACGGUUUCACUGUCACAGAAUGGGUUACUACAAAAGGCUACUAACCAAUAUUAUUGGGGGUGGGGGUUUAUAGCAAACACCUAAUACAUCUGUUGGCUCAGGCACAAAAUGGCCAUUCAAAUUGGAACCACUAGUGAGCCCCAAGAUUAUGUCCACUCAGCAGAAUGAGGUCCUAAAAAUGUUAUAUAGUCCACAUUACAUGCCAAACACAGCGCUCAGUCAUCUUUAACUUGUGCAUUAUCAUCUAAUUAAAAAUGUAUGUAUAUUGCAUAUAUUAAUGUGGACUUGGCUGUGUAACACAGACUUUUUAUGUACCAGUGCCAAAUAAAUCACCCACUUUUUAUAAAAAUAAAGUUCACUUCUGUACUGCCCUACGCACAAAUAAACUUUGGUACUAUGGGAUACAAGACCAUUUUGAAUAUAAUUUUAUUUUUAAAGUAUGAAGGAUGACCUGUUUUCUAGAAUUACUCAAAAACCUGUUUUGUAUCCACCAAUCAACUGCUCUUUUAGUGUAGCUUUUCAAUAUUAAAUUUCUUAUUUAAUGAAAAUCUAAGUGUAAAACGGUCAAUGAAGCAUGUGGUGUUUAUGUAUUUACACAUAUCAGAAAACACUGCCUUUUAUCUACAGUUUUCUUCAUUUUAAAUGGUUAGAGAAACUAGAACAGUAAUAUACUACCUAUGUCAGUGCUAAACCUCCUGAUUUAUAAACUGGUUGCUCAGAAGUUGUGCAAUAUAUGAAGAAAGAUCUGAUAUCCUUAGAAGGUCUGUGUUUACACUUAUCCCUUACAAACGCAGUGACCAAGAGAUUUUAUCACGUUGUUUUAGCGGCAGCCAUCUUGGAAGGAUAAAUUAAUGUGAUCUAUAUAGUGAGGAGAAAGGGAUGCUUGCAGUGUAUUCAUUGACUACAAACAAUGAAGGCUACUGUUCUGUGGUCUGUGCCAAUACUCAGAAAAUAGGUUUACUAGAAAUGAGAUGUCACUGGUCUUUAAUGAACUGUAUACUCAUGAAUAUUGAUGUCAUUCCUAAAAGUCUGCUUAGGUGAAAGGUAAUAUUUAUCAUAAGAACCGAGAUCUUAUUAAAAGAGGCAAGUAAUAGUGUUUUAUCACUUGAAAUUUACACAUUUUAUUAGAUAUUAUUGCAGUAUCUAACUUCUGCAUUUUUUUCUGUUCAAUCUAUUAUAUCUGUGUAGUGGAUUUAGUGGUCAGAAUUAGAUUUUGGUUGAAGGAGUGCUAUAGAUUAAAGAAGAUGUUGGACUGGAACCAGCAUACUUACAGUGUGCUAAGAAGCAUGUUCCUUUUGCUGCAUAAUCAUCACUAAUUUUGGCAAUAAUUAGGGAUUACUAUUUCACAGUGUAGUUGAAUUAUGGCAGCUAGAUGUUUCCAUGUUCCACGUAGGCACAGGGUCUGAAGGCACACUGCAUUAAAGGGACACACAAAAUAUACAGUACCUUUCCCACCAUCAAGCUUAGACAUGUUUUGCAAUUUACUGGCUAGAAGAUUAUGUUUUAUGUUUCUUUAUGGAGGUUUCAGGCAAUGAGAGAUAAAUGAAAGUGUGGUGCCACUUUUCCUCCUGUGCCCUGUAUUUGCUGUACAUAGACUUGUGCAAAUAAUCAUAGAUCAGGUAAUAUAUAUCUCUAUUUAUGCAAAAAUGCUUAAAUUGCCAAGAAAAAAAAUAAUAAACUAACGAUUGUAUCUACAAA